AUGGGCGACAAUCUCGAGGAGCGUCUAAAGAGCCAUGCUCGUGCCUUUGAAGGUCUCAUGUCUCUGAUACCCGCCAAAGACUACUACGGAAAGGAUGAGAGUAUCACUAGCACGCAAUGGCAAAAGAAAGGGAAGAAGCAGACCCUCGAGGAACGACAAGCAGCCAAGCGAGCGAAGCUGGAUCCUGCCUCACACAAAAGCGCCAAAGACGUCAUGGACGAGAACGCGCUGAAGCGGAAGCGUGAAUUGGAGGGUGAGGAAGUGUCCGAGCCUGAGUCGUCCGACCUCGACAUGGACAUCACAAAGGAGAAGCCUCUUGAGGGAAUCAAGAGCAAGGCAAAGAAGCAAAAGACCCAGCCCGUCGAGCCAGAAGUCGAGGAAACCGAAGAGGCUGCUGAGACCCGGGCUUUGUCAAAGGCGGAGGCUAGGGCUGCCGCGAAAGCAGAGAAGCGAAGGGAGAAGAGAAAGGAGAAGCAGGAGAAGAACAAGAAAAAGGAGGAAGCGAAGAAGACGCAGCAGACGUCGUUCCAAGAUCUCGCCGCCGCCAAACAACCUGAAGAGGACGAGGUCGAGGAAGACGACGAAUCUGCAGACGAACUCGAACACCCAGAUGAGCGCAUAGAAGCUUUAGACGUCAGCGGUCUCGUCGAAGAGGGUCAGUCUACCGAUCCCUCCACUGCUGCCAAUUCCAACUCCUCUACAGCCUCGGUCGCAUCAGCCGCUUCAUCAAACUCUUCAUUACCCCAGUCCGGCGAAGAAGCACCACAGAAGAAAACCAAGAAACCGUACACGAUCGACCCACAAAAGCAUGAAGAUUUUCGAGCUCGGUUGAACGCAAAGCUAGAGGCAAUGCGUGCGGCGCGCAAGGCUGACGGUCCAGAUGGACGUCCGGCACGGAAUCGCGCAGAGUUAAUCGAGGCACGACGGAAAAAGGAAGCCGAGAAGAAGGCUGCGAAGAAGGCCCUUCGUCAGGAUGCGAAGGAGGAUGAGGCACGACAACAAGCAGAGGAGCAGCUCGCACGGAUAAGAGGCGGUUCGGGUUCACCUUCCGUGUUCCCAGCGAGGUCGCCGGAGCACGAGCGCAACUUCAACUUUGGCAAGAUCGCAUGGGACGGCGCACAGCUUGAGGGGAAUCUCUCUGGAUUCCUCGAGUCCAAGAAGAAGAAGGGCAAGUCGGAUGCAAAGACAGCACUAGAGGCUGCGCAGAAGAAACAGGCUCGUCUAAAUGGCUUUGAUGAGGACAAGCGCAAAGACAUUCAGGAGAAGGACCUAUGGCUCGCCGCCAAGAAGAGGGCACAGGGUGAGAAGGUGUUCGACGACGUCAAUCUUCUGAAGAAGAGCCUUAAGCGUCAACAAAAACAGAAAGACAAGAGCAAGCAAGAGUGGAAGGAAAGGCUUACCAACGUUGACCAAGGAAAGGCAGCGAAACAAAAGAAGAGAGAGGAGAACUUGAAGAAGCGCAAAGAGGAGAAGGGUCAAAAGGGCAAAAAGAAGGUCAAGAAGCCUGGCAAGAAGGUUACGAAGCGACCAGGCUUUGAGGGUACGUUCAAGGCGAGAUAA